AAUUGGCUGCCGGAUUACUACAUGUAUGUUACAAAUCUGGAACAGAGUUACCGCCUUUGGAUUUUACAAUUGUCUGCCCUAAACAUGGAAAAUAUAUUACAUAUUACAACGAACGACUUGCAGAUGUAGAAUAUCCUAAGGGUUACGAAGCAAAUUCAUAUACAGAAUUGUGUGAAAUAACAGUUAAAGGGUGUAGAAGAAUAGGGAUGUUUGGAAGUGACUGUUCUCGCCCAUGUCCCAGUAAUUGUCAAGAGCAACGAUGUGAUAUAGUCAAUGGAUCUUGCCUAGGAUGCAAGCCUGGGUGGACGGGAGAAUUCUGUAGUCAGCCAUGUAAGACUGGAUUUUAUGGAGUGGCGUGCAAGGAUGCGUGUAGCUGGAAUUGUGCUUCCAAUGUAACAUGCAACAAUGUUAAUGGAUACUGCGGAAAUGGAUGUGUGGCUGGAUGGUUAGGGAACAAAUGUGACCAAGCAUGUGCGGAUGGAAAAUAUGGAGUGAAUUGUUUCUUGCGCUGCAGUGGAAACUGUAGACAAAAUAAACCUUGUAAUCGAUUUACCGGAUAUUGUAAUGGAGGGUGCAUUGCCGGAUAUGCCGAUCUUUAUUGUAACAAAGAAUGUUUAUUUGGAUUGUAUGGUGAAAACUGUUCAAAAACGUGCAGUACCAAUUGCAAAGCUGGUGGUUGUCAUCACGUGACAGGGAAUUGUAAAUCUGGGUGUGAGGCUGGAUACCAGGGACAAAAGUGUGAUAAAAUCUGUGUCGAAGGCCGAUACGGUGAUAAUUGUUCAAGGGAAUGCAGUUCAAAUUGUAUUAACCACACCUGUGACCAUGAAGUGGGCUCUUGUAAAAAUGGAUGCAUGCCAGGUUGGAGAAAUCUCAAUUGUACUGAAAAUUGUCUUUCGAUGACAUUUGGAAAAAACUGUGAACAAAAAUGUAGCAGUCAUUGUGCAAACUCGGAAACCUGUAACCACGUGACCGGAUUUUGUGACAAAGGAUGCGCAGAUGGAUAUAAUGGAUCACUCUGCAAUUCACAGUGUUCGGAAUUGUACUUUGGUAUAAAUUGUUCGAAUAAGUGUUCAGAAAACUGCACGGAGCCUUGUGAUCCUGUCACUGGAAUAUGUGAAUGUCCUCCUGAAAUAUCAAAUGAUCCUUACUGCAGAGAAAAUAUUUUGGUCACAAAAGAACCAAGAGAAAUAAGAAGAAUUGACGAGUUACAGAGUAAGGGGAACACAGUGACAGUUGGAGUGUCAGUGGGUACAUCCAUACUCUUCAUCAUUUUUAUUCUUUCGGCGAUUCUUUUCCUUCGGUUCAGGAAGAAAUGGAAAAAAGAACGACUGAUAGAAAAUGAAGAAAUGGCAACUCUUCAAACAACAGAGAACAUUGUUAAGCCAUCUACACGUCUGCCUGAACCAUCUGACCAAAACAAAAAUGACAGUAUCUCAUCAACACCCCUUCUUUUGGAUUCUGGGUAUGCAAAUGAUCCGAGAGGCGGACUCACGCGUUCAAAGAAAACGAUUUUUACGAAAGAUUUGGAAAAAACUAUCGAGAAAAUGUCACAAGACGAUGAUGCUGCAUUCAAAAAUGAAUAUAAGCAAAUACGGAAAGGAGAACUCCAUCCUUGUUUAGAAGCCAAAAAGCCAGAAAAUGUCCCAAAGAACAGAUACAAAACAACAUAUCCCUAUGAUCACUCACGAGUUGCUCUUGAACCUGUUUCACCAGAUAAAUCUGACUACAUUAAUGCUAACUACAUCGAGGACUUGCAGGGACGGAGAUCAUAUAUAGCUACUCAAGGUCCUAAACCAACGACAUUAUGUGACUUCUGGUCUAUAUUGUGGCAAGAAAACCUGAAUAUCAUUGUGUGCUUAACAAACUUAAAGGAAGGGACGAAGAUAAAAUGUGCUCAGUACUGGGCAGAUCCAAGGGAUUCUAUGAAAAUCGGAGAAUUUACUAUUCGGAAUCAAAGCGAAAAAGAAUAUGCCAAUUACAUCAGAAGAUCUCUUCGUUUAAAGAAAAAUAAGGUUCAGAAAGAGAGAAUGGUGGAGAUGUUUCACUAUACAAAGUGGCCCGACCAUGGUGUUCCUAACCCACUUAGUCUAGUCAUAUUUCAUCAACAUGUGAUGAGGAUUUCUGAAUAUUUUGAUAUAAAAUACAUCGUUGUACACUGCAGUGCUGGAGUCGGUCGCACGGGGACUUACAUUGCUUUAGACGCCCUCUACAGGGAAGGACUAAAGACAGGGAAAGUUAACGUACCGAAAUACGUAGAAAUCAUGAGGAAAGACCGAAUGAAUAUGAUUCAGGGUCAUGAUCAGUACAAGGUUGUCUAUUUGACGCUGUUUGAGUCCUUUCGAGGAAAACCGAAAUGUUUAUCAACUGAUCAGUUUUUACAAGAAUAUCAGGGAAGUUUAUAUGGAAAUAAAUCCACAUCGCAGCUUCAAAACGAAUUAAAGCAAUUGGAGGCCAUCAAACCAAAAUAUUCAGAUAAUGAUUUUGGUACUGGUCGAGCGAAUAUAGAGGCAAAUUUUUCAACAUCAGUUUUGCCAAUUGAUGAAUACAUGUGCCGUCUUUCCUAUGUGAAGGAUAGAGGAACAUACUAUAAUGCAGUCUGUCUUCAGUCUUUCACCACCAACGACAGUCUGAUUAGUGCCCAGUUCCCUCUUCCUGACUACACCGAGGACUUUCUAAGACUCCUAAAGGACUUCAGCGUCCAUACUGUAGUUUCCAUGUGUCCUCUAAAAGAUAUAAAAUCAUCUGCCUUAUGGUUUCCAUUCCAUAAGAGACAGAAAAAAGUUGGUCCAUUUUCAAUCAAAUUCAUUGAUUCGACAACUGCAACAAACACAACAACAACGAAGAUUGAGCUCACUAAAGAGGGAAGCAGUGCAACAAGAUUAACUGUACUAGAAUGUACAGCAUGGAAGGAAGGAAUAUCAGAUUUGGAUCAUAGAGUGUUGCUAGGUGUGGUUAAAGAAACUCAAAUUGAAGAUCUACCCUCUGAAUCCAAAAUUGUAGUCUUGUCAAGUGAUGGUGCAAAGCGUUGUGGGCCAUUUUGUGUUGUGUACAGUGCCUUGCAACAAAUAUCCCUUGAUACGGAAGUGGACGUUUUCACAAUAACACGUGUGCUUCAAAUUCGAAGGCCAGAGUUUAUUUCCACAUUGGAUGAAUAUCAACUCUGCCAUGAUGCUUUGACAGAAUAUCUACAAAAUGACUCAGUUUAUGCAAAUUGUUAAAUGAAUAUUUGAUAUAUGAACAUGUUUAUAUGAUAAGGUACUCUUACUGUUUAACUUAAACGUUCAGAUUAUAACUGUAAUCUCAUGAUGUAAUCGUUUAUUUUAGCUACAUACAAGUGAAGAAAACGUAAGACGAAUCAAUAAACAAGGAAUAUUUUUUUUGUUUAAAAAACCUUUUUUAACAGAAUAAAACAAAAGCAAUGUCCUGUAUACUUCUGUCGAUUUUUUUCGAUAGAAUAUUUUAGUGCAAAACACUUCAUAAAUGGCUUAAUUUAGAAAUAAAAAAGAAGGAAAGGGACAUUUUAAAAAAUAAAAUUCGAGUUAAAGUUUUUUUUUUUUACUUUGAUAGUCAUUUGCAAAAUAAUGAAUGAAUAAAAUGUUAAUCAAUAUUUGUAGUCAACAGUUACUAGUAAUGAUCUUUUUGAUGUUCAGGAAUGUAGAUCUUUUUUUUUAACAAAUAGGAAAUAACAAAAAUUGAGUCAUGUUUGAUUUCAUUGAGUGAAAUGAAAAAGUUUAAUGCAUUAUAUUAUUUUUUUACUUUUCAUUCUUAGUUUUUACAAAAUUGGGAUUUAAAUUUGAAAAAAAAAAUGAUUGUAUAUAUUAAGAAAAUUGGUUUCAGAAAAUAAGAAAUUGAACAUCGUAGGAACUUUAGAAUUUCUUGAUGUUUAAGAAAGUUAGUAUCUGCAUCGUUUGCAAAAAUAUGGCCUAGAAAAAUGUAUUAAUCAAGGUAUCCUUUUUUUGUUUGUGUCACCUGUUCUUUACUCGUAUGUCGACAUUUAUAACUAGAAAUUAUUAAUAAUAUUGUUAAAAUUAAAAAUUUACGUAUAGAAAUAUAUACCUUACAAAUUGUGUGCAAAAUUUAUGAAAGCAUACAUGCAUAUGUAUAAAAUUGAUUUAUGUUUGAAUGUUUUAUAAAUAUCAUUUUAUUUACUCAACACAUUUGUAAU